AUGUCGAUUCUAACUGAUUUACUUGAGAUUGGAUUAUCCAAUUCGACAAAAGUCGCCUUAUCAACAACAACUGAUGAUAUUGAUCAUCUACAAUUAUCUAUUGAUGAUAGUUUACCAUUUGGUUCACACGAUCAUUUAACUCGAUUAGAAUAUGUUUCAUUUAUAAUCACCAUAUUAGCAUUCAUUAUUGGAAUAACUGGAAAUUUAUUUCUACUCAUUGGCAAUGGUUAUGUGUUGCGUAAUUCUCGUCCAAAAUCUCGUACAUUUGAAAAUUUUCUUAUUGAGAUAGCUUGUUUUGAUACAAUUGUUUUAAUUUAUCAUUUAAUCAAUAAUAUUAUACGACAUCAAAAUGCAUCAACAUCUGCUGUAGAAUCGAUGACCGGUCUUAUUAAUAUUUCAACAUUUUGUUGUAAAUUAAUGACCUAUACUAUUCGUAUAGCAAUGUUAAUGAGUCAUUGGCUCAUUGUUUUAUUAUUACUCAAUCGUCUACUAUUAGUUUAUUCCAAAUUUCAACAUGCUGUAGCCAUUGUUAAUGCUAAAUAUGCUGUAUUAGCCAUGUUGUUUUUAUUCAGUCUAUUUAAUGUACCAACAAUUGAAUCAAUGUCAUUCAAUGAACCAAUCAUAUUUCAUUUAAAUGAAACAACAAAUUUUACAUUUUAUCGAAAUUGUUUAAUUAAUUCAGAAAUGGAUUUAGAAUUAUCAUUUAAAUCUACGGUGGUCAUGAUAAAUGUAUUUUUAUUUAAUGGAUUUGGUCUUAUAUUACCAACCAUUCUUAUAUUAUUAUUAUCAUUAGCAUUAUUUCGUAAAGGCUGUGAAAUAUGGCAUCAAUUAAAUAAUCAUACAUUAUCAACAGAAAAUGUUUCAUUAAGAUUUGAUUCACCCAUUGCCGAAUUUUUAAGAACAUAUAAUUCAGCUUUUUCAAUUGGUAUUAUAUUUUUUUUACUAUCAGUACCAUGUAAAAUAUUACGUUUAAUAAUUAUUAUAACUGAUUCAACAACACUUUUAAUUCAUUCUCAUAGACAUUUGAAUACAAUUGGUCAUUUAUUUGAAUUAUCAUUAUAUAUUUAUAAAUUUUAUGUCUAUAUUUUUGUAGCAAGACGAUUUCGUUGUGCACUAAAAUAUUUGAUGAAACAUCAUCAAUCAAGAACAACAACCAGACAUUUAAAUCGUAAUUAUAACAGUCGUUCAUUAGACUCUGUACCAUUUGAUGCAUUAUAUAAACAUUUACAAACGAAUGAAUUUGAUUCACCAAUAAACUUAUCAUCAAGUAGAAGAAGUUCCUAUAAAACACGUUCAAGUCUGUCAAGUAGAAAAACACGAGAAGAUGAAAUAUCAUUAUAA